GGCUGCAGUGAACCAUUAUUGCACCACUGCAUUCCAGCCUGGGCAACCGGAGUGAGACGCCAUUUCAAAACAAACACCGAAAAACACACUAAGCCCCAACCUUUUUACUAGUUUUACAUUCUGAAUCUUGCAUUUCCUUCAGCUCCAAACUAAUGAGGAAAGUGAAGGUUGUGUGUCUAUCGGAUAAACCCAGUCCUUUGAGUUGUAAGUAUUUUGGGAGAUUUGUAACUAAUUAGGAUAUAUUUAAUAUUAGUGCACAUAUUUGCCAUGUUUCUGAAUGAGGAACGGACACUGUAUUUUCCUUGCCAAAAGCUAGCCUACCAGUGUAUAAUUUACUCUGUAUUUGAGGUUUUUUGGAGAUCUGUGCGUAUAUUGGUUUGAACUAAGAGCCACUUAAGUCUGCACGUGCCGCUCACAGUAACACUCACAUCUGUUGCUUCCGUCAACAGGUUGUCUUACUCCUUUCCAUUAAGUAGAUGGUUUAAUGAUCUCAGAAAUGUCAAAUAGUUCCCCAUUAGUGCAUGUAAGAAAUUAUAUAAACGUUGAAUGCAAGUAGCACGUCUUUGUUUGGAACAAGGGAGUGGUCCUGUUCCCAGGAGACUGGAAAGCAUUGUAAUAUUCCCGAUUAGGUUAUAAAUGUCUAGGUUUUUUAGCCCCCGGACUAUUUCAGCUUAUUCUGGAUUCUCAUUUUUAAAGGCCUCUUUUUCUCUAUCGCCUGCUUCGCCGUGUCUCACCGCGAGAUUUCCUGUUUUUCUGCAUGUCGCCGGCUCUGCCCUUUCUCCUUUCCAGUUGAACACAUUGGGGGACAGCUAAUGAGCAUCCCAUUGAGGCCACAGCAGGUUCCUUGGGCUUGCUCAGAAUUUCCCUCUCCACGGUGUCACCAACAGUGCUUCUCUAUUUCCAUCAUCCAUUUAUUUUUACACAUACAGUUGUGGACAGGCCGCAGGGUCCACACAGCUGCUGCAGUGCAGCCUGAGACAGAGCUGAUGGGGCAACCUCCAGGACUUUGGGUCCUCACCUGCUGCCUUGAGAGUAGUCAGGCUGCUGAAAGGCUGGUGACAUCCUGAGCUCAUCCAGAGAGUAGGCUCUGGGACCUCAAGGGCCACCUGUGUGCAGUUGACUCUCUCCCAGAGUUGCCUGUUGUGUUUUGUGUAAGGACAUCAUUUGAGGGGGGCGGUAAGUCAGGUCCACUCACCACUGUUGUCUACGAAGCCCUGACACAUGAUAAUGUGCAAUUAACAAAGUGCUGGGAUGAGAUUUGAGCCAGCCUUGGGUCGUAAGAACCAAACCCAUCAUCGCUGGCCUUGUAAUUACACUGUUGUGUGUGGACAGUUUGUACUUUUCCCCUUUCGAGCAACUUGGAAGAUUUGCUGUGUCUUGAAGUUGAAAUGACUUGAGUCAUCUUCCUUUAGAAGCCUUCUGUGUAGAAACUCAGCCUCUGAACGCGUGGUGAGCCGGCAGUCCUGGCCACAGGGUGACCAGUGCUUGAUAUUUGUCUUUUUAGGAAAGUGCACAGGGGCUCGCAGUGGCCAGCCCACUGGGGCGAGUGUAAGGACCCUCCUCCUCCGGGAGACCAGCAGAGCAUCAUGCUUCUCAUUCAGUGGGGAAAACUGAGGUUCUGAAGAAUGGAGCUUGCAGAUAAUUCCUGCAAACUGGGAUGGAGUUUGGCACUGAGCUAAAAGGUGUUGAGGUGAUGCCUGCAGGAGUUACCUGGCCAGUGCUAGGAAGUCAGACCCCACCCUUCCUUGGGCACAUAGACAACGUACAGUAUUUGCUAGGUGCAUAUGUGCAUCACAUGUAUGUAGACGUAUGAAUGUAUGUAUGUCUGAAUGAUGGGGGUGCUUGGACGGCUUCCAUCUGCUGGUAAAUUAGGUCUUAGUGAGCACAUUAAGAAUGUCUUCUAAUUGAGCGUUUCCAGUGGUAGCUGCCUAGAAUCAAGCCACUGGAAGCUCAGCUAUGGAAGUGAUGGGUCCUUGAGAUUUCUUGCCAGUGCGAUGAGCCUUUCUUUAAAAGCCAGCUCAAUUCCAUUCUUCUAUGUAGCUGUUUCCUUGUUUCUUUCCAUUUUGUGGGGUAGGGAGCCUGGCACCAUCCACCUGGUGCCCCAAGGUCUCCUGGUAGGCUUCCGCACAGAAGCUUGCCUGCGUGACCCUGUUCUUGGUUAACGACUGACGAAAAGGCUAAGAGAAGUUCGGUUCCCACACCUGGGUCUCUGCAGUUUCCUGGGGAGUCCUCUUCCAUUUUCUCUGUCAGUCCCUCGUGAGGGGCUGUGUCCCUGACUGGAAAUGGGUGGUCCCCUGGGAUCACCCUGUCUUCCUGGGCCCGCAGGCCUCCUAGUCACAGGGCAGGUUCUCCUGUCCCUCCAGGCGGUCAUGAGCACCAAACUGAGUGUACUGUGGAAAUGCUGGGUCAAAGCCAGUACCGAGGAAGUAUGUUGAUUCCUUUUUGUGGUAAGUCAGAACUCAGGGAGAAAUUUGUUUACUUUCAUGAUGGAUGUCUUUAUCCUUGACAUGUGGCUUAUUUACUCAGCGUCUUUUCAAAAUCACACUUUAUCCUGAGAAAAUCUAGACGCAAGUCUAAUCUCUGAUCUCUUGGCUCACUCUUUGCAGUGCGGAGUGGGCCCUGCUCCUUCCAGGACGGGCCUGCCUAGGGCUGUCAGUGGGGCCUGGCUCCCCAGGGCCACCGUCCUGGCCACCAGCCCGAGCCUGGGAGCGGCCAGCGCUGUUGGCAUUCCCCGUUUGCUGAGGACCACGCUCACUUCCUCCAGCACCCAUUCCUACUUCCUAAGGAGAAAGCUCAACAGCGAGAAUGGGAUGAACUGAGCAAAUAAAUUACAACCAAGUGAAUUUAAACUCCUCUCAAAACAUUUUCUGAUGAUUUUGAUAACUCUUUGACCUAAUUUGGACAACAGUGAGGAAAAUUCUGAUUUAUGCCUGGAAUUCAAGUAUAGCCUGUAGCUUGGCGUGUGUGUUUUAAGUGCUUGAUAUUUGUCUUUUUAGGAAAGUGCACUCAUUCUUAGACGAGACGGUAUUUGAAAGACAAGACUGUGUUUGGAAUGUGCGGAAUUACUGUGUAAGACUCAGAAGCUGGGAGCAAUGGCAAGCGGCUAGCUUUGUGUGGAAACUGACCAGCUGGCUGGAGCAGUCUCUGUCCUUGUGGGUGGAGAAGCCUGCGAGGGGAUGCAGAGGGCCUGCCCCAGGGCAGAGCUCUUCUUGAUUUUAGUCUCCCUUGCCGUGUAGAAGGGCUCAGGGCCCCGGGCACAGGCCUCUUCUGCGGAGCGCUCCAGGUCCGCCUUGGCUCGGGGCUCCGCCUCCUCGUGAGGAAAUGUCAUGGAGCUGUGGUUUGACGUUUCCGGUUUGUGGCUAGUUUCUUGUGUGUACAAGUCUCUAUAGCUGUGCCGAGCCCUUCCGGGAGCAGUUGUAGAUUUUUACUGCCUUCAGCACGUCCUCAAGGGUUCAGGGAGUCCUUUCUGUCCACCGUUGUAUCCGGCGACCCUGGGCAGCUGCUGAGUGGUGCCAUGGGCCCUGGUGCUCCGCUGGGAACUGUUGGUCACUGGUGCUCUUCAGACUCCAUCGGCUUCCUUUCGAGGAUGGACUUUCUGGCCGAGACCAGCCAGUGGAGCUGCUGAAUCCUGCCCGCGUGAACCACAUGCCCAGCACGGUGGAUGUGGCCACGGCGCUGCCUCUACAAGUGGCCCCCUCGGCAGUGCCCAUGGACCUGCGCCUGGACCACCAGUUCUCGCUGCCUGUGGCAGAGCCCGCCCUGCGGGAGCAGCAGCUACAGCAGGAGCUCCUGGCGCUCAAGCAGAAGCAGCAGAUCCAGAGGCAGAUCCUCAUCGCCGAGUUCCAGAGGCAGCACGAGCAGCUCUCCCGGCAGCACGAGGCGCAGCUCCACGAACACAUCAAGCAACAGCAGGAGAUGCUGGCCAUGAAGCACCAGCAGGAGCUGCUGGAACACCAGCGGAAGCUGGAGAGGCACCGCCAGGAGCAGGAGCUGGAGAAGCAGCACCGGGAGCAGAAGCUGCAGCAGCUCAAGAACAAGGAGAAGGGCAAAGAGAGUGCUGUGGCCAGCACAGAAGUGAAGAUGAAGUUACAAGAAUUUGUCCUCAAUAAAAAGAAGGCGCUGGCCCAUCGGAAUCUGAACCACUGCAUUUCCAGCGACCCCCGCUACUGGUACGGGAAAACGCAGCACAGUUCCCUUGACCAGAGUUCUCCACCCCAGAGCGGAGUGUCGACCUCCUAUAACCACCCAGUCCUGGGAAUGUACGACGCCAAAGAUGACUUCCCUCUUAGGAAAACAGCUUCUGAACCGAAUCUGAAAUUACGGUCCAGGCUAAAGCAGAAAGUGGCCGAAAGACGGAGCAGCCCUCUGCUACGCAGGAAAGACGGGCCAGUGGUCACUGCUUUAAAAAAGCGUCCGUUGGAUGUCACAGAUUCCGCGUGCAGCAGCGCCCCAGGCUCUGGACCCAGCUCACCCAACAACAGCUCCGGGAGCGUCAGCGCCGAGAACGGCAUCGCGCCUGCCGUCCCCAGCAUCCCGGCGGAGGCGAGUUUGGCGCACAGACUUGUGGCGAGAGAAGGCUCGGCCGCUCCACUUCCCCUCUACACGUCGCCGUCCCUGCCCAACAUCACGCUGGGCCUGCCUGCCACCGGCCCUGCUGCUGGCACGGCGGGCCAGCAGGAUGCCGAGAGACUCACCCUUCCCGCCCUCCAGCAGCGGCUCUCCCUUUUCCCCGGCACCCACCUCACUCCCUACCUGAGCACCUCGCCCUUGGAGCGGGACGGAGGGGCAGCGCACAGCCCUCUUCUGCAGCACAUGGUCUUACUGGAGCAGCCGCCGGCACAAGCGCCCCUCGUCACAGACUGGUAUCUUUCAGGCCUGGGAGCACUGCCCCUCCACGCACAGUCCUUGGUUGGUGCGGACCGGGUGUCCCCCUCCAUCCACAAGCUGCGGCAGCACCGCCCGCUGGGGCGAACCCAGUCGGCCCCGCUGCCCCAGAACGCCCAGGCUCUGCAGCACCUGGUCAUCCAGCAGCAGCAUCAGCAGUUUCUGGAGAAACACAAGCAGCAGUUCCAGCAGCAGCAACUGCACAUGAACAAGAUCAUCCCGAAACCAAGCGAGCCAGCCCGGCAGCCGGAGAGUCACCCAGAGGAGACAGAGGAGGAGCUCCGUGAGCACCAGGCUCUGCUGGACGAGCCCUACCUGGACCGGCCGGCGCAGAAGGAGGCGCACGCACCGGCUGGCGUGCAGGUGAAGCAGGAGCCCAUUGAGAGCGAUGAUGAAGAGGCAGAGCCCCCACGGGAGGUGGAGCCGGGCCAGCGCCAGCCCAGUGAGCAGGAGCUGCUCUUCAGACAGCAAGCCCUCCUGCUGGAGCAGCAGCGGAUCCACCAGCUGAGGAACUACCAGGCGUCCAUGGAGGCUGCCGGCAUCCCCGUGUCGUUCGGCAGCCACAGGCCUCUGUCCCGGGCGCAGUCCUCACCAGCAUCUGCCACCUUUCCCGUGUCUGUGCAGGAGCCCCCCACCAAGCCGAGGUUCACGACAGGCCUCGUGUAUGACACGCUGAUGCUGAAGCACCAGUGCACCUGCGGGAGCAGCAGCAGCCACCCCGAGCACGCCGGGAGGAUCCAGAGCAUCUGGUCCCGCCUGCAGGAGACAGGCCUCCGGGGCAAAUGCGAGUGCAUCCGCGGACGCAAGGCCACCCUGGAGGAGCUGCAGACGGUGCACUCAGAAGCCCACACCCUCCUGUACGGCACAAACCCCCUCAACCGGCAGAAACUGGACAGUAAGAAACUUCUAGGCUCGCUCGCCUCCGUGUUCGUCCGGCUCCCCUGCGGUGGUGUUGGGGUGGACAGCGACACCAUAUGGAACGAGGUGCACUCAGCGGGGGCGGCCCGCCUGGCUGUGGGCUGCGUGGUGGAGCUGGUCUUCAAGGUGGCCACGGGGGAGCUGAAGAAUGGCUUUGCUGUGGUCCGCCCCCCUGGACACCAUGCGGAGGAGAGCACACCCAUGGGCUUUUGCUACUUCAACUCCGUGGCCGUGGCAGCCAAGCUUCUGCAGCAGAGGUUGAGCGUGAGCAAGAUCCUCAUCGUGGACUGGGACGUGCACCAUGGAAACGGGACCCAGCAGGCUUUCUACAGCGACCCCAGCGUCCUGUACGUGUCCCUCCACCGCUACGACGAUGGCAACUUCUUCCCGGGCAGCGGGGCUCCUGACGAGGUGGGCACAGGGCCCGGCGUGGGUUUCAACGUCAACAUGGCUUUCACUGGCGGCCUGGACCCUCCCAUGGGAGAUGCUGAGUACUUGGCGGCCUUCAGAACGGUGGUCAUGCCGAUCGCCAGCGAGUUUGCCCCGGACGUGGUGUUGGUGUCAUCGGGCUUCGACGCUGUGGAGGGCCACCCCACACCUCUCGGGGGCUACAACCUCUCCGCCAGAUGCUUUGGGUACCUGACGAAGCAGCUGAUGGGCCUGGCUGGUGGCCGGAUUGUCCUGGCCCUUGAAGGAGGCCACGACCUGACCGCCAUUUGCGACGCCUCCGAAGCAUGCGUUUCUGCCUUGCUGGGAAAUGAGCUUGAUCCUCUCCCAGAAAAGAUUUUACAGCAAAGACCCAAUGCAAACGCUGUCCGCUCCAUGGAGAAAGUCAUGGAAAUCCACAGCAAGUACUGGCGCUGCCUGCAGCGUGCAACCUCCACGGCAGGGCGUUCUCUGAUCGAGGCUCAGACUUGCGAGAACGAAGAAGCCGAGACGGUCACCGCCAUGGCCUCGCUGUCCGUGGGCGUGAAGCCCGCUGAAAAGAGACCAGACGAGGAGCCCAUGGAAGAGGAGCCGCCCCUGUAGCACUCCCUCGAAGCUGCUGUUCUCUUGUCUGUCUGUCUCUGUCUUGAAGCUCAGCCAAGAAACUUUCCCGUGUCACGCCUGCGUCCCACCAUGGGGCUCUCUUGGAGCAUCCAGGGACACCCAGCGUACAACAGCCAUGGGAAGCCUUUCUGCCACCCAGGCCCACAGGUCUCAAGACGCACAUGCACACCUGGGCGUGGCAGCCUCACAGGGAACACGGGACAGACGCCGGCGACGCGCAGACACACGGACACGCGCAAGCCAAGCACACUCUGGUGGGUCCCGCGAGGGGCGCCGUGGAGGAAAGAUGCCUGUGGCAACAGGCGGCCGAGCUGCCGAAUUCAGUUGACACGAGGCACAGAAAACGAAUAUCAAAGAUCUAAUAAUACAAAACAAACUUGAUUAAAACUGGUGCUUAAAGUUUGAUUAUUACCCACAACUCCACAGUCUCUGUGUAAACCACUCGACUCAUCUUGUAGCUUAUUUUUUUUUAAAGAGGACGUUUUCUACGGCUGUGGCCUGCCUCUGUGAACCAUAGCGGUGUGCGGUGGGGGGUCUGCACCCGGGUGGGGGAUGGAGUGACCUUUAAAGAAAACAAAACUGGACAGAAACAGGAAUGUGAGCCUGGGGGAGCUGGCUUGAGUUUCUCAAAGCCAUCGGAAGAUGCGAGUUUGUGCCUUUUUUUUAUUGCUCUGGUGGAUUUUUGUGGCUGGGUUUUCUGAAGUCUGAGGAACAAUGCCUUAAGAAAAAACAAACAGCAGGAAUUGGUGGGACAGUUUCCUGUGGCCAGCCGAGUCUGGCAGUGCUGGCACCGCGAGCUGGCCUGACGCCCCAAGCACGGGCACCAGCCGUCAUCUCCGGGGCCAGGGGCUGCAGCCCGGCGGUCCCUGUUUUGCUUUAUCGCUGUUUAAGAAAAAUGGAGGUAGUUUCAAAAAAGUGGCAAAUCCCGUUGGAGGUUUUGAAGUCCAACAAAUUUUAAACGAAUCCAAAGUGUUCUCUUCUCACACAUCACAUAACGAUUGAACAUCUCCAUCUGGUCGUGAAGCAUGUGGUAGGCACACUUGCAGUGUUAACGAUCGGAAUGCUUUUUAUUAAAAGCAAGUAGCAUGAAGUAUUGCUUAAAUUUUAGGUAUAAAUAAAUAUAUAUAUGUAUAAUAUAUAUUCCAAUGUAUUCCAAGCUAAGAAACUUGAUUCUUAUGAAAUCUUGAUAAAAUAUUUAUAAUGCAUUUAUAGAAAAAGUAUAUAUAUAUAUAAAGUGAAUGCAGAUUGCUGAGGUCCCUGCGAAUGGAUGGCUCUCAAGGUGCUUAUGGAAAGGGAUCCUGAUUGAAAUUCAUGUAUUUUCAAGCUCCAGAUUGGCUCGAUUUCAGAUCGCCAACACAUUCGCCACUGGGCAACUACCCUACAAGUUUGUACUUUCAUUUUAAUUAUUUUCUAACAGAACCCCUCCCGUCUCCAAGCCUUCAUGCACAUAUGUACCUAAUGAGUUUUUAUAGCAAAGAAUAUAAAUUUGCUGUUGAUUUUUGUAUGAAUUUUUCACAAAAAGAUCCUGAAUAAGCAUUGUUUUAUGAAUUUUACAUUUUUUCUCACCAUUUAGCGAUUUUCUGAAUGGUAAUAAUGUCUAAAUCUUUUUCCUUUCUGAAUUCUUGCUUGUACAUUUUUUUAACUUUCAAAGGUUUUUAAUUAUUUUUGUUUUUAUUUUUGUACAAUGAGUUUUCUGCAGCAUAUGGAAUUGUUGCCAUCAGAGUUUAUUUUCAGAAAGUGAGAGGAGGGACCGUAGGUCUUUUUGGAGUGACACCAACGAUUGUGUCUUUCCUAGUCUGUCCUAGGAGCUGUAUAAAGAAGCCCAGGGGCUCUUUUUAACCUUCAACACUAGUAGUAUUACGAGGGGUGGUGUAUUUGUCCCCUCUGUGGCAAGGGCAGGGAGGGUCGCUUAGGAUGCCCGGCCACCCUGGGAGGCUUGCCAGAUGCCGGGGGCAGUCAGCAUUAAUGAAACUCAUGUUUAAACUUUUCUGACCACAUCGUCAGGAUAGAAUUCUAACUUCAGUUUUCCAAAGACCUUUUAAGCAUGUCAGCAAUGCAUGGGGCACACGUGGGGCUCUUUACCCGUUUGGGUUUUUCCACUGCAGCCACAUGGCCAGCCCUGGAUUUUGGAGCCUGUGGCUGCAAGGAACCCAGGGACCCUUGUUGCCUGGUGAACCUGCAGGGAGGGUAUGAUUUCCUGACCAGGACAGCCAGUCUUUACUCUUUUUCUCUUCAACAGUAACUGACAGUCACGUUUUACUGGUAACAUUUUCCAGCACAUGAAGCCACCAGUUUCAUUCCAAAGUGUAUCGGGUUCAGACUUGUGGGCAGAAGUUCAGACACACCAUGCUCAGGAGGGACCCAGAGCCGAGUUUCGGAGUUUGGUAAAGUUUACAGGGUAGCUUCUGAAAUUAACUCAAACUUUUGACCAAGUGAGUGCAGAUUCUUGGAUUCACUUGGUCAUUGGGCUGCUAACAGUCAGCUCUGAGACAGUGGUUUGAGAGCAGGCAGAACGGUCUUGGGACUUGUUUGACUUUCCCCUCCCUAGUGGCCACUCUUUGCUCUGAAGCCCAGAUUGGCAAGAGGAGCUGGUCCAUUCCCCAUUCAUGGCACAGAGCAGUGGCAGGGCCCAGCUAGCCGGCUCUUCUGGCCUCCUUGGCCUCAUUCUCUCCACAGCCCUCUGGGGAUCCUACCACCUGCCCUCUUACCCCGCCAUGGCUUAUGGGGAGGAAUGCAUCAUCUCACUUUUUUUUUUUUAAGCAGAUGAUGGGAUAACAUGGACUGCUUAGUGGCCAGGUUAUCAAUGGGGGGACUAAAUUCUAAUCUCAUUCAAAUGGAGACAUCCUCUGUGCAAAGACCUGGCAGGGGGAGGCACGUUUCAUCUGUCAGCUCACUCCAGCUUCACAAAUGUGCUGAGAGCAUUACUGUGUAGCCUUUUCUUUGAAGACGCACUUGGCCCUUCUCCACAGCAAGUGUCCGGGCAGAUGGCAGAGGAUCUGCCUCGGCAUCUGCGGGCAGGACCCCAUUAGGGAGGGUUCUUUCGUGUGCUCUCUCUGUGGGUCCUUGGACCUUUAGCCUUUUUCUUCCUUUGCAAAGGCCUUGGGGGCACUGGCUGGGAGUCAGCAAGCGAGCACUUUAUAUCCCUUUAAGGGAAACCCCAAUGACGCCACUGGGCCUUUUGGCGUCUGCCCUGCCCUCGCGGCUUCCUGCCGUGCUGCAGCGUGCCCACGUGCCCACGCCCCACCAGCAGGCGGCUGUCCCGGAGGCCAUGGCCCGCUGGGACUGGCCGCCCCUCCCCAGCGUCCCAGGGCUUCAGUUCUGGAGGGCCACUUUGUCAAGGUGUUUCAGUUUUUCUUUACUUCUUUUGAAAAUCUGUUUGCAAGGGGAAGGACCAUUUCGUAAUGGUCUGACACAAAGCAAGUUUGAUUUUUGCAGCACUAGCAAUGGACUUUGUUGUUUUUCUUUUUGAUCAGAACAUUCCUUCUUUACUGGUCACAGCCAUGUGCUCAUUCCAUUCUUCUUUUUGUAGACUUUGGGCCCACAUGUUUUAUGGGCAUUGAUACAUAUAUAAAUAUAUAGAUAUAAAUAUAUAUGAAUAUAUUUUUUUAAGUUUCCUACACCUGGAGGUUGCAUGGACUGUACGACCGGCAUGUCUUUAUAUUGUAUACAGAUUUUGCACGCCAAACUCGGCAGCUUUGGGGAAGAAGAAAAAUGCCUUUUUGUUCCCCUCUCAUGACAUUUGCAGAUACAAAAGAUGGAAAUUUUUCUGUAAAACAAAACCUUGAAGGAGAGGGGGGGAGGUUUGCGUCUUAUUGAACUUAUUCUUAAGAAAUUGUACUUUUUAUUGUAAGAAAAAUAAAAAGGACUACUUAAACAUUUGUCAUAUUAAGAAAAAAAGUUUAUCUAGCACUUGUGACAUACCAAUAAUAGAGUUUAUUGUAUUUAUGUGGAAACAGUGUUUUAGGGAAACUACUCAGAAUUCAGAGUGAACUGCCUGUCUCUCUCUUGAGUUGAUUUGGAGGAAUUUUGUUCUGUUUUGUUUUGUUUGUCUCCUUUUAUCUCCUUCCAUGGGCCAGGCGAGCACCGCUCGCCCUCACUGGCCUUUUGACGGUUUAUUCUGAUUGAGAACUGGGCGGACUCGAAAGAGUCCCCUUUUCCGCACAGCUGUGUUGACUUUUUAAUUACUUUUAGGUGAUUUAUGGCUAAGAUUUCACUUUAAGCAGUCGUGAACUGUGCGAGCACUGUGGUUUAAAAUUAUACUUUGCAUUGAAAGGAAACCAUUUCUUCAUUGUAACGAAGCUGAGCUUGUUCUUAGCUCGGCCUCACUUUGUCUCUGGCAUUGAUUAAAAGUCUCCUAUUGAAAGAAAAAGAAAGCGAACAGUUUUUGUUUGUUUGGUUUUUUUGCUGUGUGUGCUCCAUAGUGGAGGCGCUAUUUUCCAAUUGAUGAGAAUGACAAACAUAUAUAAUCUAUCUAUCUAUCUAUCUAUCUAUCUAUCUAUCUAUCUAUCUAUAAAGGGGGCUUGAACCUUACUCACCCAAGAGCUUCUUACGGAAUGUGGUAGAAAAGCAAGUUGUAACGACACUGUAACCUACUUGAUUCCUGUUUGCGCCCGGCGUGAGCUCCGCACUGGCCGUGGCCACUAUUCGCCUCUGUAAUUUAAUUCGUUUCUCUUGGAUUGUCUGGACAUGCCCGACGGUUCUUUCUUUUGCUCAGUGGAGUUGGAGGUUUUGUGUUUGGUUUUCUCAUUCUUGUCUUGUUUUGUGUGGGUGGAUUUUCACUGACCAAUGAUAUCCUCUUCUGACGGUCAACUUCUUUCCACUUCACUGGAGUCCAGUAUUCUGUACCACAUCACGCAAUGUGUUACUCUUGUGGUGUAAAUAAAGACUGCGUUACUUGCCCUCCCA